GGCCGAGGGUGUUCCCAAUAGUAUGUUUCUGACGCGAUGCGUCGCCGCUGACGGAAGUGCAGAGCGCUUGUGUUGUUGUGCUCGGCUUGUGUCAUGUACGGCGGUCUGUGAGAUGAGCGGUGAGAUCUUGUCAUGGCAUCCGCGCGCAUUAUGGCAGCUCUAUCGGGUCAGAGCGACGAUCCCGCCGAACCGGACCAGUCCGUGCAGCACAUGCUGAAGGCCAUCGCGGACGAGCGGAACCGCCUGAGCGUCAGACAGGACCUCGGCGGACUGGGGUGCUUCAAGGAUGACCGCAUAGUGUUCUGGACAUGGAUGUUCUCCACAUACUUCAUGGAGAAAUCGGCACCACGUCAGGAUGAUAUGCUUUUCUAUGUGCGCCGGAAGCUCUCUUACGUCAGUGCAGACAACACAGAAGGGAAGAAGGUGGAGGUUGAGGUUUACAGAAGAGACUCUAAAAAGCUGCCUGGACUCGGUGAUCCUGACAUCGACUGGGAGGAGAGCGUCUAUCUCAAUCUCAUCCUGCAGAAUCUGGACUAUGUGGUCACAUGUGCAGUUUGCACACGCUCAGAUGCAGGAGACAUCCACAUCCACAAAAAGAAAUCCCAGCAAGUGUUUGCCUCUCCAAGCAAACACCCAAUGGACAGCAAAGGGGAGGAGUCAAAAAUGAGCUACCCCAACAUCUUCUUCAUGAUUGACAGCUUUGAGGAGGUAUUCAGUGAUAUGACUGUUGGAGAAGGUGAGAUGGUAUGCGUGGAGCUGGUGGCCAGUGACAAAAGCAACACAUUUCAGGGCGUCAUCUUCCAGGGCUCCAUCCGCUACGAGGCCCUAAAGAAGGUCUAUGAUAACCGGGUAAGUGUGGCAGCUAAGAUGGCCCAGCGGAUGUCAUUCGGCUUCUACAAGUACAACAACAUGGAGUUUGUGCGGAUGAAGGGUCCUCAGGGGAAAGGUCAUGCUGAGAUGGCUGUGAGUCGAGUGCCCACUGGAGACACCUCACCCUGCGGCACUGAAGAGGACCAAGACUCCCCUCUUCAUGAGAGGGUGACGUCAUUUAGCACUCCCCCAACCCCAGAAAAAAACAGGCCCUCUUUCUUCUCACCGUCACUCCGCCGGAAAGUGCCCAGAAACCGAAUUGCUGAGAUGAAGAAAUCACACUCAGCAAAUGACAGUGAGGAGUUUUACAGAGAAGAGGAUGAUGAAGACUUGUGCAACGCCACAAACUUGCGCUCCCGCUCUCUGUCAGGAACGGGCCACUCACUGGUCGGUUCUUGGCUCAAGCUGAACAGAAAAGAGGAGUAUUUUCUGUUAUAUUCCCAUCUCACCUACGUGACUCUUCCUUUGCAUCGCAUCACCACAGAUAUUCUGGAGGUGAGACAAAAGCCCAUUUUGAUGACGUAACAUUAACUGAUCCUUCAAAAUCCAUGUUACCAAGUGCCUCCUCACAUCAGGCUCCAGAGGAACCGCCGUGUGCCGUACGGACAGAUAACUAAAAUCUAUGAACAAUACGCAACAGUGAACAAGACGAGGCAAAGAGAAACCUAAG